ACUCCCAUCCCCCGAGUCCUGCUCGCUUUCCCCCUUCCUUUGUCCGGCGCCGCGCUCCGUAGCCCUUCUUGCGCUAUCAAAAUGGCGGCGGCAGCGGCCGGCGAGGCUCCGCUGCGUCUGCGUCUGCUGUUCGACUUCCCUCCUCCGGGGACGCCGUCCUGCGGCGUGUGCUGGCUGCUGCUGGAGCCCAGCCAGGCGCGGCUCAUCACCGACCUGAUCAGCCUGAUCCGGGAGAAGUUCGGCUUCAGCCGCCACGCCAAGCUCAGCCUCUUCCUGGAGGGGGCGCUGCUGCCGCCCACGGAGAGCGCCCGCCUCGUCAGGGACAACGACGCCCUCCGAGUUAAAUUGGAAGAAGUUAUUGGAGAAGGCAGUUACAGUGAAAUCGCCAACGGUUUCAGUAACGUGUCAAAAAAACAGAAAAGACGUCACAGGCAAAAGUCGGAAGCAAAUGAUUCUGAAAGUGAUUCUGAAGAGCAUAGAAAAAGGAAGAGGAGCAAACCGCACAGUAAGCAUUCUUCCAGCCAGGAAGAGAAUGCCACAGGUAUCUGGGACUCAGCACCACUUAGGAAAAGGAAGAAAGCAGUGGCUGAAUUAGAUUGUGUUACAGAUGGUAAGAGUGGUGACAAUACUCAUUCCAAGAAGCUUAAAAAAAGGGAUCAAAGAGAGAGGGAGCAGGAGACACAAACACACAGAAGGAAGAAAAAAGCAAGGACACGUGAAGAAAAGACCAAAAACACUUUGCCUUUGAGUUCCAGACAAAAAAACACAGCAAAAAACACAGUAACACGAUCGAGCAUAAAAAAUGGUCAAUCCUCAAGUGAAUCUUCCACUUCAUCAUCAACCAGUGAUGAUAAUAUAGCAGACACCAAACAAAAACACAUGCUCACAACUAAGGUGGCAUCACAGCACAUAAAGAAGUCACAGCUAGCAUCUCCUGUUACAUCUGUUUCUCUUGGUAAAGUUACUGCCAAACUUAAAGACAGACAUUCUCUUGAGAGAGCAAAAAGUAAGAAGGCCAAAAGCCAGUCCUCUAGCUCAGGUAGUGAUUCUACUUCAGGGGAAGAGGAAAGCCAGCAGAGUGGGAACCUGAAAAAUAAAACUUCAUAUAAUAAUCGAGGAACUGGGACUGAUGUAACUUCAAAGGCCAAAGCAAAAACCUCCUCUUCUGAGUCUGAGAGUUCAGAAUCAGAAACGUAUGUUAUUAAAAAGCCCAAGAUGACUGCUAUAGUCAGUCGGUCCUUAGGAGGAACUGGCAACCAACCAGUGGUACCUGCCACUUGUGGACUAAAUACAAGUUCCAGUGACAAUAUAAGGGGCCGUGGAAGAGGAGAUAGCCCCUUUUGGAGAGGGCCUAGGGUUCGUGGAUGCCGGGGGAUGUUCCGGGGCCGAGGGAGGGGAAGAGGAGAAACCACUAACUCGUUCUAUAAUUAUACCGGUGAACACCAAAAAGAGCAACAGUUAAAUGAAGCAGCGACAAACACUUCAGUUAUUAUCCAGAAUUCAGUAGAGGUUCAAAAGAAGGACUAUAGCAUAUUACCUCUGUUAGCUGCCCCUCCACAAGUAGGACAGAAAAUUGCUUUUAAGCUGUUGGAACUAACCGAGAAUUACACACCUGAAGUGUCAGAUUAUAAGGAAGGAAAAAUUGUCAGUUGGAACCCUGCUAACAAGCAGUUAGAACUGGAAAUUCUUUCUUUUUCAUCAGUUGCAAAAGAGCCAGGAAAGUUUGAUCUGGUAUACCAAUCUGCUGAUGGAGCUGAAACAGUAGAAUAUGCCGUAUCUCAAGACAGAAAGAUUACUGAAAGUUGGGAUGCACUGAUUGAGCCAAGACUAAUAGUUGAUUCUCUUAAUAAUGAAUCAAGCACUGAAAAUGGAAACCCUUCAAAUGUGAACAAACAGGCUCCAUGCAUAAAUAGUUUGUAAAGUACUUUCCUUCUGCACAUUGCUUCUUUUAAAUAAAGGAUUUUCAAAAAUUA